CUUUCGGCUGAGGAGCGAGCGGCAGACGUUGACCGCAAGUAAACAAGUUGGCGCGAAAAGUCUUCCGUGGCCUGAGCCUCCAGCCUUGCGCCCGUAUUAGAUCUUGAGCAAUAUCAAGAUGGAGUUUGGAGUGCGCAGAGUGAAGCGGAGCCGCAGAGUUGAGGUUGAGACGUCCUACCCAUGCAGCCUUCAGUUUUACUCAAACCCACCAUCUGGCAAUAUUUCCCUCAAGGAAUUUGAUGAAAUGGCAGUUGAGAGGUUGAAAGUACUGCGAACAGUUGAGCGAUUAAACCUCAGCGGCCAGGUGAAGAGCUCAGAUGAAUGGAUGAACAAAUUGUAUGAUGAUUUUGUCAAACAUAAAUAUUUUAUACUUAAUGCUGAAAAAAACCUAGACAAGAAACGAGCUGAUGUGGAGGCAGCCAGGAGACGGGAUCAUGUCUCCCAUUUCAUUCUAAGGCUGGCUUACUGCCGUACAGAGGAGCUUCGCCGAUGGUUUAUUGCACACGAGUCAGACCUGUUUCGAGCUCGAUUCAUACACUGUUCACGAAAUGGCUCAGAUAUUAAGAACUUCAUGUUAUGUAAUAACCUCCAUUUUACACCAAUAUCAGUGGAGGAAAUGCAGAGUGAACGUGAAAACCUAAUGAAUGGCACAUACAACAUUAGUGGUGUGGAUCAGAUGGAAGGACGUACAUUCUUCAAGGUACCUUUCACAGAGGCCCUUGAGCUAGUCCGAUCCAGAAAGGUAUACUUAAAAGGAGGCUUUGCCUAUGUUCCUGACACGGACUUGGUCACGUUGGUCACUACCUGCUUCAGGGCCAACCUCUCGCAGGCUCUUGCUAUGACAAACAGAGCUUUACCUGAACUAGAGGACGAUGAAAGGUUAAUGCGACUCCUUCAAGACUUUGACAAGCGGUACACAGGCAGUGAUUAUUCCCAGAAGAAGGGUGGAGAAAAACACCGCAUCACCCCAGACAUGAUUGACCAGCUGGCAGCAACAUCAUUCCCGUUGUGCAUGAGACAGUUGAAUGACACACUGAGAACCACACACCACCUGCGGCAUGGAGGUCGAGUUACCUAUGGUCUAUUCCUGAAGGCAGCAGGAUUGAGUCUGGAAGAUGCCUUGUACUUCUGGCGAUCACAUUUUACCAAAAACAUGGAUGUCGAUAAGUUUGACAAACAGUAUGCCUACAACAUUCGUUUCAACUACGGAAAGGAAGGAAAGAGAACUGACUACACACCUUACAGCUGUAUGAAGAUUAUCAUGACGAGCAUUGGGCCAGGGGAUGCUCAUGGGUGUCCAUUCAAGCACACAGACGCUCAGAUUUUAAGGCAGAGACUGUCAAAUUUCAAGGUUUCACAGCAAGCUGUUAAUGAGAUAAUGGAUCUGGUGAACAAGAGCCACUACCAGAUUGCCUGCCAGAAGUAUUGGGAGGUCACACACAAUGCCACUCUGGAGACGGGCAUCAAUCAUCCAAACCAGUAUUUUGAGGAGAGCCAGAAAGCAAUCCAUGGAACAGCACCACAGAGUCAAGGCAAGAAGGUGUCGCAGGUCAAAACAAACCGGUCAGUCGUGUACUCUUCCCAGUCUGUACAAUCCACACAGGCUUCUAUAGAGGCAACACAAACUUCUACCCAGUCUACUCAGAAUACCAGCACCACAGACAUGGACUCCAUGCUGUUUGAUGAUGAAAUGGAUUCAGUUCUUGAACAAUACAUGGAGACAACACAGGCAUGAGAUAACCUUUACAUUCUGCUUCAAAAAACUGUAUAUUGUAAUUCAAAAGAAGCAAUUAAAGGUGAAGGAAGAUGAGCCACCUUUUGGAAAGUUAUUAUAUGAGUAUACAGUGUAUAUAUUUUUGGUGUUAGAAUAUUAGUUUUUCCAUUUGUAUCUUUAAAAAACAUACAGAAUUUUCUCUAUUAGUGUGUAUUAUUUGGUGACAAUUUUUUCUAGUAGUUCCUUCAUACCUUCUCUUUAUAUAGUGGUAUUCACAUGGUUUAUUUAUUUUAUGAUAUGUAGAAGUUUUGUUAGGCAUUAAAGUUCAUAUUGAAUUAGAAAAUAUUUUAUUCAACUCCUCUGUAAUGUUGAUGUUAACCUAAUGUCGACGGGCAUGGCAUAUACGUACGUGCUAUGUCCACUGUGAGUUUAAUUUAUUAAUUGUUUUUACACAUAGAUAGCUACACUUAUACCAAGUCACCAAUGAGUCAGUUAUGUGUACUACCUGUCUCGCCCAUUUACCCUUUUCCUUGAUUUACAAAAAUAUUUAACAUUAUCUUAUUUUGCUGCUACUAAUAUUUAUAACAUUAUAGUAAUUGUAAUGGCAAUAUUAAAAAGAACACUGUUGAUAUUCAUAGCAUGAGAAAAAAAUGUUUUUCCCUCCAAUUCAAGGAAAGGUGAAAUUAGGUAAGGUCACAAGGUUUACUUAGUGACUCCUUUGUGGCUAAGCAUUUGCAGAGCCAUCUAUGUAGAGACAUUUCACACACACACACACACACACACACACACACACACACACACACACACACACACACAAACACACACACACAAAAUAAAAUGUUUAUAACAUAUUGAUAAUUUUUGUUAGUGCUAGAUUAACUGCAAAAAUGUUUAGAAUCUAUCUUUUGCAAUGGGAUUUGUCAGAUCAGUUAGGUUCUAAGACCCUGAAGCAAGUGUCUAGUUCUUGGUAACUGAAAAGUUUCAUGUGAUUGGUCUUCUCUUAUAACAUCAUUUCAUCAUUUUCUAUGGCUGAGCUUUUCAUCUUCAUCUACAUAUUUUGCAUAAAUGUAAUUAUUUUUUUUGUAACAAUGUAAAUGCCUCCAUUUGACAAUUUAUCUAUAAUUUUAAGAUUAUUAGAUUUUUCAUUAUUUCAUUAAUUCAUUAUUUAC